UUAUAGUACUUACAUAUGGCAUUGAACUUCAUCCUAAGUCAUAUAUUUUGCUUCCUUGAAUCUAUAUGCAGUUACUAUGAUCCAUAUAGGGGUGUUAUAGUAUAUUUUCGCGUCAUCGAUGGGAGCAUAAAGAAAGGUGACAGAAUUUAUUUUAUGGCCAGUGGGAAGGAUUAUUCUGCUGAUGAAGUUGGAGUUUUGUCUCCUAAUCAGUUGCAAGUUGAAGAACUGUUUGCUGGUGAGGUAGGCUAUCUUUCAGCUUCUAUAAGAUCAGUUGCAGAUGCUAGGGUGGGUGACACAAUUACACACUACAGUAGAAAGGCGGGAAACUCACUUCCUGGAUACGAGGAAGCCACUCCUAUGGUGUUCUGUGGCCUGUUUCCUGUUGAUGCAGACCAGUUCCCUGAGUUGCGUGAUGCACUUGAGAAACUGCAACUCAACGAUGCUGCGUUGAAGUUUGAACCAGAGACGUCAAGUGCCAUGGGUUUUGGCUUCAGAUGUGGGUUCUUGGGUCUUCUCCACAUGGAAAUAGUUCAGGAGAGGCUCGAGAGGGAAUACAAUCUGAGCCUGAUCACUACAGCGCCAAGUGUUGUAUAUAGAGUGACUUGUGUAAAUGGUGAUACUGUUGAAUGCUCAAACCCAUCUAUACUUCCUGAACCUGGAAAGAGGAGGUUGAUUGAGGAGCCAUUUGUUAAGAUUGAGAUGCUUACGCCAAAAGACUAUAUUGGUCCACUUAUGGAGCUGGCUCAAGACAGAAGGGGAGAGUUUAAAGAAAUGAAAUAUAUUACUGAGAAUAGAGCAUCACUCACCUAUGAGUUACCUCUAGCAGAGAUGGUAGGCGAUUUCUUUGACCAGCUGAAGUCCAGAAGUAAGGGUUAUGCCAGCAUGGAAUACACAUUUGUUGGGUACAAGGAAAGUGAAUUAUUAAAACUUGACAUUCAGAUUAAUGGCGAUAGUGUGGAACCAUUGGCUACUAUUGUGCACAGGGAUAAGGCAUAUGCUGUGGGAAGAGCUUUGACUCAAAAGCUGAAGGAGCUUAUACCUAGACAAAUGUUUAAAGUACCCAUCCAAGCUUGCAUAGGUUCAAAAGUGAUUGCUAGUGAAUCUUUAUCAGCAAUUAGGAAGGAUGUUUUAUCUAAAUGCUAUGGUGGGGAUAUUUCAAGGAAGAAGAAACUGCUUAAAAAACAGGCUGAGGGAAAGAAAAGAAUGAAGGCAAUUGGUAAAGUUGAUGUACCCCAAGAAGCCUUCAUGGCUGUCUUAAAACUUGAAAAGGAAGUAUUGUGAUCAUAAUUCUUUGUAGCAAGAAAUGAUGUGAAAUUAUUGUGAAAUUACAGUUAUUGUGGGAAAUAUGAGAAGAUUUUGCCAUAUUUUCAUCUUUGUUUUCGUGCUGUUA